GUCAAAAUAACACAAACACCUGCCCGUCAAAAAUGAAAACUCACCCGUCGAUACAGCAUCUAGAUAAGAGCUCCGCGACCUCGCGAUGCUGGUCUUUUCCAUAUCCCCCAAGCUCUACGUUGAAAUUGUAGCAGAAUAGGAUCGAUUCGGGGUUUCAAAGUGAUAUCGGCCAUAGUUGAGGCACUAAAUGCCAGACAACACCGACAGUAUCAACGGCGGAGAUAGUAUUCGGCAUCGGGAACAAGGUCAUGCUUGGGUCACACUAGCCACGAAUGAUUCCUAUUCACUUGGGGCCUUGGUCUUGGCCCAUUCCCUGAAACAAGUAGGAACCCAACAACAACUAGCCGUUCUUAUAACACCUGGAGUUACUGGUUCCAUGAGAUCGAAACUGUCUGAAGUAUUCAACGUAGUAAUAGAAGUAAAUCUGCUAGAUUCAAAAGACGAAACGAAUCUUCGUCUCCUGAAAAGACCCGAGUUAGGUGUUACAUUCACAAAGCUACAUUGUUGGCGUCUUACACAGUUCGAUAAAUGUGUAUUUUUGGAUGCAGACACGCUGGUAUUAGAAAACUGUGAUGAACUAUUCGAUAGGGAAGAAUUUUCGGCAGCUCCAGAUAUUGGUUGGCCAGACUGUUUCAAUUCUGGCGUUUUCGUAUUCCGUCCUUCCAUGGAGACUUACGAAAAACUCAUUCAGUUCGCAUUGGAAAAAGGAAGUUUUGAUGGCGGUGAUCAAGGUCUCCUCAAUUUAUACUUUUCCGAUUGGGCACACAAAGACAUUAGCAAGCAUUUACCAUUUAUUUAUAACAUGGCUUCGACAGCAUGCUACUCUUACCUUCCUGCCUUUAAACAGUUCGGUAAAAGUGCAAAAAUCAUCCAUUUCAUUGGAUCAUCGAAACCAUGGCUGCAAUAUUUCGACACCGAGUCCAGAAAAGUUCACCCAGCUGAAGGAGUGCAACAUCUGCAAGAAGUCUUACAACUCUGGUGGAAUAUUUUCUGUAAUCUCAUCCACCCUAACCUAUCACCUGAAAUGACCAGCCAUACGGACACUGUGCAUGGUAGUCAGUCCAGUACCUAUCAGAGUCCUUCCCAAAGCUGUCCUACUCCUACUGCUUCUUGUCCUGCGGAAGACUACCAAAAAGUAUGGGAUCCGUGGGAAGAAUAUGACUCUAGACAGCAGAAUAACCAUCAACCGCACAGUCAAAUUUCCCACGAAAAUCACAUUCCUAGUCAAAUAUCAGACAAUCAACAUAUCAAUAUUGAAAUAGUUCAAACUCAUCAUCCGACAGAACAUCACAACAUUCAAGGUCACCCCGUUGUACAUCACAACAUUCAGAGUCACCCUGUUGUACAUCACAACAUUCAGAGUCACCCUGUUGUACAUCACAACAUUCAGAGUCACCCCGUUGAACAUCACAACAUUCAAAGUCAUCCCAUUGAACAUCACAACAUUCAAAAUCAUCCCGUCGAACAUCACAACAUUCAAAGUGGUUCCGUUGAACAUCACAACUUUCAAAGACAUGCUGUCCAGAAUCAUGGCAUUCAAAGCCAUAGUGGACACAAAGAGCAUAUUGAAUCUCUUAAUACAAAUGCAUGCACCGAAGCUGAUAAUCAUCAUCAUGAUCACCCCAAUCCUGUAUAUAGUCAACCGCAAAGUCCUGCCAUCGUUCCUAUACCAGAACACCUUUUCCCCACGAAGCCACCCCCUACCAAUGAUCCUCCCGCUCCUAAACUGCCUGACGAAUGUAUGGCAACUACUACAGUGUCCAACGAAAUGACAUUACAAACUGACUCUAAAGAAGAUAGCAAAGAAAGCAAUGCUGGUUUAGCUGGAGCAUUCGCGAAACUAACUUUAGGAGCACCAAGAACUGCUGAACAACAAGCCUUAGAUGACCACCUCAGGAGACAAGGCUGGGAAGUAGGAAACAUUGAUUACCUGGGAAGAGAUUCCUUCGCGAAUAUCUGGAAUAAAAUCUGCCAAACCCUGUCCUCAGCGCCUGAAGAACCUUCUGCCACAAAAGAACCAUCUCCGCCAGCAGUAGAGUCAAAACCAGUGGUGGAUCUGCCAGUCGAAGUCAAAUCUGACGAACAAUCAAUGGGAGUUGCUAGUUCAGAUAUUCAACCAAUAAAACAAGUACUAGAGGCCGAACCUGUACAAACAAAGGGGGUAGAACAGGUUACCCCACUGCCAUUAGCAGAAACACCACAACCAGAAGCAUGCAGUGGAAUCACUGUAACUAAACAGAUUGAACAGGCGGAAGCAAUUAAACUCAAAGACACUGUAGAAUCAAAGACUGAGGCUGAAGCCACUGAUACCCCAGCACCAGUUGUCGAACUUGCUAAAGUAACCGAAACGGCUCCUGCUCAAAGUCAACCAGUUGAAACACUAACCUCUGACAUUUCUGUUCCGACAGAACAUACACCUACAUCAGAACCUCAACCAGCUACCCCAGUACUUCCUGUGGCCCCAGUUCCUGAACCAUCCCAACCAUCUCCUCCUACUUUGGACACCCUACCAGCCACAAAGGGUUCUGCUCCAGAUAUUCCAGUAGCCCCAGUUCUUGAAUCUCCAAAACUCCCUCCACAGCUUUCAACACCUACCCUGGAGUCUCAAACUGCAACUGAAAGUCCUACUUCAGCAACUCCUGUGGCCACAGAACCUUCACAACCAUCAUCCGAACCAGUAGAUAGUACUGUUCCUGUAUCUGCAAUUCCUCAACCCACAUAUCCCGUUACUGACAGUCCUGAUCCCACAUCAGAAAAGCCCCAACCCUCAGUACAGACUUCAGAAACACCUGUGCCUCCACCAACGAAAGCAGUUUGUCCAAUGAGGAAACCUGUCAAGAACGUGGACGUGCCUGUCAUUCCAGUUACCGCGACCUCGGAAACCACGGGACAACCUGCUGCUCCCAAGGUACAGACGCUGCAAGCCCAGGUUACCGCCCAUAGUCCUGCCAGUCCCGAAGCGCCGCAAAUUGAAAAAGGGAAGGUGGCAAAAGAGGCGCUGAAGGGUGAAACGAUCGUUCCUGCAACGGGACAACCUGCUUCUGCUCCCAAGGUACCGAUUGCGCAGACGCAGCCCGCCCAGGUUACGGGCCCUAGUCCUCCUGCCAGUCCCGAAUCGCCGCAACCUGAACAAGGGAAGGUGGCUAAAGGGGCGCUGAAGGUUGAAACGGCCGUUCCUGCUACGGGACAACCUGCUGCCCCCAAAGUACCGAUUGCGCAUGCGCAGAAGCCGCACGCGCAGGUUACGGGCCCUAGUCCUCCUGCUAGUCCUGAUUCACCACAACCUGAGCAAGAAAAAGUUGCAAACGAGGCGCUGAAGGUUGAAACGACAGUUCCUGCUACGCCUCCUCCUGUUACUCAACAGACAUCGUCUGGACCUACCCCACCACCCAGGAAGAGUAGUGGGGGAACGAAGAAAGCGACGAAACCAAAAAAGUAAUUUGUGUGUCUGAUCGCCUUCUGUGGUCGCCAAUGAUCCCAUUAUUGUACUGACAGUUUUUGGCUCGAGUGUGAUUUCAAGGGCCCUUUGUUCUAUUUAUUUAUAUUCUGAGUUGGCUAGAUUACUAAUUAUAAUUGCUGAGUUUUUUGUUCAAUAAAAUUGUUAGGAAUUUAUU